AGUUAAGCAAGACCGGGACGUGUCUUCAGCACAGCUUAAGGACUUGGAACUUAUUAAUUUGAAAACAAUAAAGGCAAACCUUGGAAUAUUACUUUACUUCCUCAAUUAGUAAAGGUUAUCAAGUCACCAUUUGUGAAUUUUUGUCAUCUCCUAAGCUUGUUUCUAAGUCACCUAUGCUGAUAACUUGCUCGACCCAGCCCACUGAUCAACUUCUUUCAAUACCCACGCGGUUAUCAUCUCUUGAGAGAUUCAUCUUUAAUCCUUAGCCACCAUGAAGUUUACACUCUCUCCUGUUAAUGCUGAUGAUGCUGAAUCCCUAGUACGAAAAUGCGAUUUUCCAGCAAUGCGAGACAACCCGUUACAUCUUCUAAUGUUUCCUCACUCAUGUGAAGAAAUGGAGGAGGAAGAGAUAAAGUGGACUAUUGAGGGCUUAGAAAAGACACUCCAAACGCGAUCGGCAGGAUUCCGUAAGGUCUGCUUAGAGGACGGCACACCUGCUGGAUUUGCCGGAUGGAGCCUGGAACAGACUACACACGAAGGAAAAACCACCAAUAUCGGAGCUGUCUCAGAAGAGCGGGAAGAGCCAAAUAAAUGCCCAAGACGCGAUUACUGGCACCCGAGCACGUUGGAUGUGAAGACCUGGGUGGGCGUCUCGAGAAUGUUUAGGGACGAAAAGAAAAGGGUCCUUGAAAAUCGCAAGAAUAUCUGGCGUCUCAAUAUGAUAUCAGUAAACCCGGCAUAUCAGCGCCAAGGUAUUGGCUCCAUCCUACUACAAUGGGGAACUGAAGAGGCAGAUGCACAUGGGCGAGAUUCUUUUUUGAUAUCUUCUCCAGCAGGUGUUCAUUUAUACGCAAAAUUUGGAUUCAAAGUGGUUGGAGAGAUCCACACGCCAAGAGGUACAUUCACCAGCAUGUUUAGAGAGGCACAGUUAAAUGAGGUAACGAGUUCGUUCAAUGAAAUAUCGUCAAUAAAAAGACCCGUUCCGAGGUCGAAUGCUGGUGUCGAGGAAGUGAAAAAUUCUAAGGAUAUAUUGAGGGUUUAAAUGGGGUUUUUUUCUUCGGACUCAUCAUGAAAGUGGCAUGUGCGGCAAACCCAGCUCUCUCUAUCACUAUCCACUACAUCUAUGUCGCUUUCACGAUUCUGUCACCCCCCAAAAAAUGUGAUGAGAUCUUCGACUUGUGGCUAAUCUUUUCACUGGCAUGCCCCAUGCGAAACACGGCGCAGGCUGAACGCUUAAGGCGGCGUAUGCCUUUGAGACGGUACUACUCUGGCUCGGAAGUGAUUUGAACACAGCAUGCAUCCAAUGAGCACGAAGUACAAGUCCAGUAUACUAGCUUGUCAGUGAUUGCAUUAAUCUAAGGACUAUACGAG